AUGCUUAUGGAUGAGUAUGAGGAAAACAAGGAUAUGUGUCCGAUCUGUAAAACAGAUAGAUAUCUUUCGCCUGAUGUAAAGUUCUUGGUGAAUCCUGAAUGUUACCAUAGGAUCUGUGAGUCAUGCGUGGACCGAAUAUUCAGCCUGGGUCCUGCCCAGUGUCCCUAUAAAGGGUGUGACAAGAUUCUCAGAAAAAAUAAAUUCAAGACUCAGAUAUUUGAUGAUGUAGAGGUUGAAAAGGAGGUUGACAUCAGGAAAAGAGUUUUUAAUGUGUUCAACAAGACUAUUGAUGACUUUAACGGUGACCUUGUAGAAUUCAACAAAUACUUGGAAGAAGUGGAAGAUAUUAUAUACAAGCUGGAUCAUGGUAUUGAUGUGGCAAAGACCGAAGAAAAACUGCGUACUUACGAGGAGUUGAACAAACAAUUGAUUAUGAAUAAUUUAGAGAGAAGCAAAACGGAGAUAGAAAGUUUUGAACAAAGACAGAAAUUCGAAAAGGAAAUGAAGUUGAAGAAACGGCUAUUGGAAAAACAGAUUGAAGAGGAAGAAAGAAUAAACAAAGAAUGGACAAAAAAGGAAAUUGUCAAUCGGUUGAGUACGUCUACGCAGGACGUCAAUGAAACGAUCGAAGGCGUUAAGAACACGGUGAAAUUAAAAAAAUCGUCCGCUAGAAGGAAACUGGAGGAGCUAAACAGAGUGCUAAAAAACAACCCAUACUUUAAUUCAAAUGUGAAUUCACAAAACGCAAGACCAAAAGAUGCUGUGCCUUUUACGCCGUUUAACGGUGAUAGAGAAACGCACCCAAGGUUUACGCUGAAGGGUUCGGUAUACAAUGAUCCAUUCAUAAACGAUCUCGAACACAGGAAGGAAUUUAUUGCAUCCGGGUUCAACACCAAUUAUGCGUACGAAAGGGUCUUGACAGAGGCAUUUAUGGGGCUAGGAUGUGUUAUAUCCGAGGAACUUUAA